UACAAGUUCUAUCUCAAACAAAAUGUGGAGAAAGAGUGGUGGAGUCAUCUGCAUGGCGGCGACAAUCAACAUCGACGGCAUGUACUCUUACCCGGAGAUUUCUUUCCUCCACGACGGCCCCGUCGCAGUCAGCAUUGACGCCGCCGUUUCUCACUAGCUACUCCCACUUUUCUCCCGGUGCCGCCUCCGCCUCAGGUAUGGAAUCGAGCAAGAAGUUAGAAGAGAUGAUGCCCAUUGCUACUGGGCAUGUGCAUGAAGAACUUGAAUCUGAGCUUGAGGGGAAGAACAUUUUGGAAAUCAAUCAUCCGGUUGGUCCUUUUGGUACCAAGGAAUUGCAAGAAAUUCUUGCUCAUGAUGUUCAUAUCUCCCAUGUUCAUCCUGGAAGGUCCCUUUACAAGUAUAUCAACAGCUUUGAUGAUCGUCAAGAUACAAGGAACAUCAAUACUGAGAUUCAUGACCCUUUUAUGAAUGAAGAAGCCGCUUCUAUAGUUAAGUCUUUCUAUGACGUUGGAUGUCCUCGUGGUGAGGGAGAAGAUGAGCAUGAUGUUGUAUGGUUUUGGCUAGAGAAAGUCAAGCCUCAUGAAUGCUCCAUCUGUUCCCAGUAUUUCAAGCUGGAAGUGGUUGAUCCUGGAGGUACCCAGAUGGCCAUGUAGAUGGUCAUCACCACUGCGAUGUUAUUGCCGGAAUAAAUUUUGAUUACGGACGAGGAGAAAAUUGUCAAAAUUUUGUAGCCACAGUGAUCUCUGUCCUUAAAUGCUUUGGCUUCUUCAAAUUUUCAUGUUCAGUAGC